GUCGCAAGGGGCGGCUCUGGUUGGCUGCGGCGUGCUCCAUUCUGUCCUCGCGCUGCCUCUGCUGCUGUCUCGCGCCGCUCUCUGUCUCCAGCCUCUCUCUCUCUUGCGCGCGCGCACUCUCAACCAUGGCCAGCUACAGCGUGGAGGAACGCGGCUGCUCCAAUAGCCUGGACUACAGGAUUUAUUUCAAAAAUGAUCAAGGCGAAUAUAUUUCUCCAUUCCAUGACAUUCCGAUACAUGGAAAUGCCAACAAGGACGUAUUCAACAUGGUUGUGGAAAUACCUCGAUGGACUAAUGCUAAGAUGGAGAUUGCAACCAAAGAUCCUCUAAAUCCGAUUAAACAAGAUGUGAAGAAAGGAAAGCUGCGUUACGUUGCUAAUGUGUUUCCUCACAAGGGAUAUAUCUGGAAUUAUGGUGCUAUUCCACAGACUUGGGAAGAUCCAGCACAUAAAGAUGAAAACACUGGCUGUUGUGGAGAUAACGAUCCAAUUGAUGUCUGUGAAAUUGGAAGCAAGGUAUGCAGCAGAGGAGAAAUAAUUCAAGUGAAAGUCCUAGGCACAUUGGCACUAAUUGAUGAGGGUGAAACAGACUGGAAGAUUAUUGCAAUUAAUGUUGAAGAUCCUGAUGCUGCUAAAUUUAACAAUAUUGAUGAUGUCAGGAAGAUUAAACCUGGAUACCUGGAGGCUACAGUGGACUGGUUUAGAAAAUACAAAGUACCUGACGGGAAGCCGGAAAACCAGUUUGCAUUUAAUGGAGAAUUUAAAGACAGGGACUUUGCCAUUGAUGUUAUCAAAAGCACACAUGAAUUUUGGAAGGCGCUAGUAACUAAAAACACAGAUGGAGGAGAGAUUUGCUGCACAAAUACAACUUUGGCGGACAGCUCCUUCUGUUGCAGUCAAACAUCUGCUGCAUCAACUGUGACAUCGGCACCUGCUUGUGGGCCUGCCAAUCCAACACCAGUUGAAGUGGACAAAUGGUUUUACUGCUAGAAGUAGUGAAUUCGAAUAAAAUGCAAAGAUGCUGCAGUAGCUGCUGUGUUGAUCACCAGGAAAAGCCUAUGGAGAACUAGACGAAAACCUGGGAACACCCGUUGCCAGAAGAAUCCUGUUUUCAAAUUAGUAAAUGACCUAUUUUGACAGAUUUUACAGACUUGCCCAUAAUGUGUGCUCAAAACCUAUAAAGAGCAUACAUAAUCUGAGCUUUUCUUGUGUGAAAUACCAGUUUACCAGUCUUCAAAUAUACUUGUAUAUCAUGGCAUUCACUGUUAUGUAAGGAAAUUGUGCAUAGACAGUCUUAUUUUGUGGCUUCCUGGAUAAAAGAAACAUUUUUGCUGCAAAACUCA